CUUCUACGCGUUCCAAAUCCCAUUAACUUAAUCCCCUACCAACUGCAGUAAGUGCCCAAAAUAGGAGCCCUACUGUGCCGGCCGCUCCUUUCGAACCACCGCGCGACCUAUCCGCACAGUUUGUUCUCCCUCCUUUAUGUCCUUAUGGACGAGGCCGGGCGACGGCUCCGUGCACACGGCACGUCCGCGGCCUUCUCCCCCGUUCCUCCUCCUCCUCAUCUCUCUCUCGUCUUCUCUCGCCUUCCGGAAGAGCGCGCUUCGUCACGCUCAAAGACGUCAUUAUUCCACUCCGUCCGCCUUUGUUCUUGGAUCUGGAUACGACGGGCGGCGGUUCGGGCCCAGAGAUGGUCGACGAAAUUGGCCCGGCAUUGUAAGGAGUAGAGACGGGAAGUGUUCGUCAUGCAGCCUGCCGUCAUCGACCAUGCCGUGCCGGCGCUGUCGGUCCUCCACCGCCGUCCCGCGCAGGGGAAGGUCCUGCAAAAGGGAUUGGCAAGGGUGGUGACGGCCAAGAAGGAGGUCGGUGGAGUUAAAAGCGACUCUGAACUCGUGGGAACCCUGAAGAGCAAGAUCUUGAGGUUGAGGCACAACCUCGACCUGCCUCAUCCGAAUGCGUCGCUGACAUUACAUGAGUUGUUAUUGGCCACUUUAGAGGAUCUGCAAAAAUUGUAUGACAAGUGUAUGACAUCCAUUCGGAUCUCUAAUUGUGAUCGCGAAUCUCUAACACAGGUAUUAUUGCAGUUCUACAAGGUACUCAAACUUGCUGGAGAUUUAUGGGUCGAAAAAUGUCGCGAGUCAGACAAGAUCACAUUUGAGGAGGCAGAUGUAGAAGAUUUAAAGUUUGAGCAACUUGGUGUGGUAGUCCUCAACAUGCUUGAUCGCAUGAACAUACAUAUAAAAGAAAUGUUUGAUCUUAUGAAGAAGGAUUCAGCUAGUACCUUGAAAUCAGAGGAAGAUCUCAUCAAGCCUGACCAUUGUGACAAGCCACAAUCACCAACUUCAGUGCUACCGGAACCAUCAGAAGUGAACCCAAAUCUCAAGGGAAGCCAAAAUAUUGCCUACCUGCCACCUCUUCUCCAUCCUCUACGGCUUCAGGCUGUUGGAAAGUUACAACCUCUGGGUUUGAAGAGGCUUUCCUUCCAUCUUUUCCCUUUAGUAUUAGAUCACAGAUCCAAGGCUGUGACUCAAACAGAAAACAUAACUGAUGAGCUUGAGCUAGAUUCACUAGAUGCUACCAUGGUUCUGAAGCCAAUAUCAUAUGCUGAGAUUGGAAGUGAUGGUCAUGCUGAUGGAAGUGAAACUUAUGAAGAUGCAACACUUGUCUCGACACCACCAGCCUCAUCAUCUCUACCAUCCGACAUGUUUGAGUCUUCUACACCAGGUACACUUCGACCAACUUGUACAGGGCAAGUCUCACAUGCUGUUAACAUUAACUGGGAUGAGGAUGAUAGUAGCAAGACUUCUGAUUCCACUAUUUUGGUCCCCCCAACUCUGCCAAUCUUACGCCUGAGAGCAACACAUUUAUCGCCAACUCCUGCACCACCUCCUUCGCCUAUGGUUUUAACUGGAAUACCAUGGUUCUUUGGUUCACCUAGACAUUCUGGAAUGGAGAUGGAACCGGUUGCAUAUGCUAUGGCCAUAGAUGAUAGUGAUCAUGUCUGUACUUGUGAACCUUCUGAAACAUCCUUGUUUGUCUCACCACAAUCAUCCUCAGCAGCAAGUGCACCAAAAAUUCAAACCUCAUUUUCUCCACCACUAUCACCAGUGCAACUUAAAAAAGAACCUGCACCUUCUCCACAACUAUCAUCCUCUCCCUCGCUGCUCAGCAAGUCUGCACCAGUCCCUCCACCACUCUCUCCACCUAGAGGUUGUGUGUUGUCAGCAUCCCCAUCUCCACCAUGUGCAUCAUCAAAUCAACUGCCAUCCUUGCCAUCUCCAAAAGGAUCUGCACCACCACCACCACCUCCACUGAGUGUGGCAAAAGCAAUCAAUGCAAAGAAAACUAGUACCAAACUGAAAAGAUCUACGCAAAUGGGAAGUUUAUACAGGCUUCUAAAAGGAAAGGUGGAGGGCUGUAGUUUGGAUGGCAAAGCAUCCAAUGGGAGGAAAAGUCAGACUGGAAACUACUCUGAUGGUAAAAAGUCUCAGGGCAUGGCUGAUGCAUUAGCUGAGAUGACAAAGAGAUCAGCCUACUUUCGGCAAAUUGAAGAAGAUGUUGAAAAGCAUUCUGCAUCUAUUAUGGAGCUGAGAUCCUCGAUUAAUUCCUUUGAGACCAAGGACAUGAAGGAUCUGUUAAAAUUUCACCAGCAUGUGGAACAACAACUUGAAAACCUGACUGAUGAAACACAGGUUCUGGCUAGGUUUGGAGGCUUUCCCUCGAAGAAAUUGGAGACCAUAAGGAUGGCAGCAGCUCUAUAUAUGAAGCUGGAUUCAGUGGUCACUACAUUAAAGGGAUGGAGUUUAGCUGCUCCUAUUGCCCAGCAGCUUCCCAAGGUCGAAUGCUACUUCAACAAGAUCAAGGAAGCAAUGGAAGUGAUAGAACGCAACAAAGAAGAAGAUUCCAAACGAUUCAAAAACCACAAAAUAGAGUUUGACUUCACCGUCCUCGUAAGGAUCAAGGAAGGCAUGGUUGAUUUAUCAUCGGAUUGCAUAGAAAUGGCGCUCAAGGAGACGAGGGAAAUGGGUGGAGAAACCAAGUCCAAAUCUAAUGGCCUCUCCACGAUGCUGUGGAGGGCUUUUCAGCUGGCAUUUCGAGUCUACAACUUCGCCGGAGGACAAGAUGAUCGAGCGGAUAGGUUGGCCAAGGACUUAGCUCGUGAGAUUGAAACCUGUCCUCGAUUUUGACCUCUGCAAUCCAUAGACAUCACCCAAUAAUUAGAGUCUGAUAUAUAUAUACAUAUGUUGCGUUGGAGGAUGCCAACAUAGUAACUUCCUUGGCUCUGUGACACCCAGAUGAGAACAUAUAAUUUCUACUAGUGUUUCUUUCUUUGAACGCCACGAUUAAGGAGUCAUCUUAGUUGCAAUUCUAUGAUUCCUUGGCCAACCUACCCGUGUGUAAGUUUGCAGGGGACAUGUCCAAAGAGAUUUCUAUAUCAUGUCACUCUAUGGUUUUGUAUUGUGGUGCUUGAUGUAAAUUGCUGCAUAUUUCUAGGAAACAUGAAUCAAUUUAAGUGAUAGAAUGUGGAUGAAGAUGAAAGCAAACAAAUAUAGUCUUUAUUUUCAGUCA